CACAACUUGGCUCCCAGGGCGUCCCCCAACAUCCCUCUCGUGUCGGAAAGGCAAGUACAUAAAAAGUGGCCCGGCCAUGGUUGCUUGCCCAGAAUCACCGUGCUGACUGCAUAUAUCUGUCGGAACGAAGCCGCCUUGAUGGCUGCAUUCAACGGACCUCGGUGGUUGAUUGGUGCCAGCACUGCAACCCCUCUUCCUUACAUAUGUACUUAGUCCCCUCCCAUGCCCAUCAACAGCAUGGUCAAUAAAUCACUUUUACCACCUUAAAAAAAUUCAAUCCACUGCUUGACUGGGAAUAGCUUUCCCAGCGCAUAUCUCAGCGGUCGUCGUCCUGCAGGUUCCAACAAUAUCGACAGGACCCUUUGGCCAAUGUAUGAUCCCAGAUGGCACAAGUGUCUAUGAGGUCCCUUCUGCACAGUUCUUUCAAAGCAUCUGACAUGCCGUAUGAUAUGAUGCCGAUACUACAUCGCGCGGAAUGAAUCUGCUAUGUACUACCCAAGUCAGCAGAAAGGUCGCCAAGUCAUCCACGUCAACAACAACGAACCGCAGGAUGUAAGCAGCACAAUGAGGGGAAGCUACAUCGCCAGAUGUCGAGGGAGGGGUCUCGGCAGAUCGAGAGCCAGCACCGACUCGCACCUUCAGUCCCAAAUCUCCGAUCCAACCAUCAACCCCCACAGCAACCACCAAUCCAAAUCUCGGAGUUCAUAAACCCCC